GAGGGGCCCGCCCCGAAGGGACGCGGUUUCCCGGCGACGCCGAACGCGGGCUCCCAGCUGCCCGCGGGGCCCUCGGCGGGCGGGACCGACCGCGGGGGCGCUGGACGGGGGUGGCAUGGAGGACGACGGCGAGGAGAUUACCGCCGCCACGCUGCGGAUCAAGCCCCGGCCGCUGCCCCUCUCGGCGCUCUCCGCCUUCAGCUACAUCCCGCCGCGGCGCCUGGACCCCAAGGAGCACAGCUACUACUACCGCCUGGGCAAGGUCCCAAGUGAGGCAGACGGAUUUUUGUACGAAGAGAAACCUGGGAUGGAAUGGUGGAUGAAUGAAACGGGAUCCUUUUCUAAUGCAUCAAAGCUGUGUGUGCACGUGCGUUGUAUACAUACGCCUGAUACGUGUGCAAAUACUAUACAUAUGUAUAUAUCAUAUAGAAAAUACAGUCAUGCAUUCAUGAAUUACAUUCAUAAGAGCUACCACAUCUGAUUAAAGAAAAUAUUUCCGUCUCUCCGGAGACAGAUUUGUACUAGGUGCCCACCUGUUGGCUAGGAACUUAGGGAUAUUUCUGUUUAAUUGUAUUGUCCAGUGUUUGGCUAUGGUUAAGUUUUUAACGCAGUGCAAGCUUAUUGUAGGAAAUCUGAGAAUUAUGAGAAGGGUGGCGAUGAGGAGAAAACACAUAUAUUGAGUGGGUCACUGUUACUUUAAGGCUGUGCGCCUGGGUCAAGGUCAAGGAGGGAUCUGUAGGAGGUGCAGGAAAAGAGCCACGGAGAUGUCCCCACCUCACGGGGCCUCUGGAGGACCUGCUUCGCUGGUGGGGGGCCCAGCCUCCUGCUCUGGUCGUGGAGGGUGCUCUGGGGUGACCUUCCCGAGCACAUGCUCAGUGCAGAUGGGAAACUGCACGUCUCCACCGUCCAUCGGGGGAGAGGCCUGGCUGCCGGUGUCCCAGAGCGCUUCUGUGGCCCAGUCCUCCAGUAGACCCAUGCCUUUCUUUCUCGUUUUGU